AUUUUGUUUCCGGGUCAGCGGGGCGCGGCGGUUCCUUCCUCCGCCCACUACCCAGUCAGUCGCGGCAACCGCCGGAGCCGCAGGAGGGAGGCGGGACCUGUCCGGCGGCUGCUGGAGAGGCGCCAGGAUGAAGCUUUACAGCCUAAGUGUCCUUUACAAAGGCGACCCCAAAGUGCACUUGCUGAAAGCCGCCUACGACUUGUCCUCGUUCAGCUUCUUCCAGAAAACCAGUGUUCAGGAAUUCAUGACCUUCACGAGCCAGCUGAUUGUAGAGCGGUCGGUUCUGGGCAGCCGAGCGUCAGUGAAGGAACAAGAAUACCUCUGCCACGUGUACGUGCGAAAUGACAGACUGGCUGGAGUGGUGAUUGCAGACAACGAGUAUCCACCACGCGUGUGUUUCACCUUGCUGGAGAAGGUUCUGGAUGAGUUCUCCACGCAGGUCAAUAGGACAGACUGGCCCUCAGGAUCUCCAUCUACGAUUAACUAUGCAGCCUUAGAUGGUUACCUUAGUAAAUAUCAGAAUCCCCGGGAGGCAGACGCUAUGACGAAAGUGCAGGCAGAGCUGGACGAGACCAAAAUCAUUCUGCACAACACCAUGGAGUCUCUGCUGGAGCGUGGGGAGAAGCUGGAUGACUUGGUGGCCAAGUCGGAGGUGCUUGGGCUACAUUCCAAACACUUCUACAAAACUGCCCGAAAGCAGAACUCGUGCUGUGAGAUCAUGUGACCCAGCCAGCUGAGACCGCUGCUCCUGACCACCUGGCCUUCACUCACUUUCAGACCUUUAAAGUACAUGGGACAAAAAGAGACUGCCCAUGGGUGGGGAUCCCCGGUUCCAGGCUGCACCUCUGCAGGCGGUGGGGCUGGGACAGGGCUUUCUUGGCACCCCAGGGCCGUCUAGUUAAACAGCUCUUCAUCGGAAAGGCCGGCAAGGUCAGCCCUGAAGAGACAGUGUGACCAUUCUCCUGCCAGCCCUUUCUGGCCUGAAGGGCUUGUAGCUUUGACAUCUGGCUUGUAAUUGCAGUGCUGGAUUGGCCAGCAGCUUUCACUCCUCAUCUCCAGAGAUCAGACAUGGACUGCAUUCUGGUCACGUUGUUGUUUACAGUCAUAACACUAGAGAGGGACUCCAGUAACUGAGACCAGCCAGCACCACUGCCCAACGUUGCGGGCUCAUCAGCUCAGCCUCCGACUCCUACCCACCCGGUGACUGACUCCUUGGGCGCGGGGCCUGGUUGAUAUGGGCCUCUGAGGAGCGUUGGGAACAGGCGUCAGUGUUGUGGGAUGUAGCCUUGCUGCUCCCAGGGCAGCAGGGGUGCUCCGACUGGAGUCUCAGCCAGCCAGAGGGAGCCAGGCCUGGAAUCUCCAGUUGUUCCCCAUGUUCAGCUGGGGAGUCAGCACUCAUGGCGGUGCUUUCCCACCAGGUGCCACCAAGCCAAGGUCAUCGAGUUUUGCUGCAGGGACUCUGCCUCCCCACCCCGGCAGUGAGCAGAGAGAGCCCCUGGGGGACGCCAUUCAGUGCAGAGCAGGGAGAGAGGCUGGUGUUUUGCCUUGCUUUCAACCUGUUCCUGGCCAAGGGGCUGGUAGGUCUCCCCCCGAUGAGUGCCUGGGCUGUCAGUUACUGUCCGUCCUCACCACGCUGUUCGUCAGCCAGCAUCCCCAUUACUUCAUCCUAAUCUGCGACUCUGGCCCUUGGGGCUGUGCUGCUUCCCACUCUGCGCUGGGAGCUGUGCCAAGUGUGCUCUGUGCCAUGUGUGUGAUGUAACGUGAGCUGUGGCGGGGGAGGAUCUUGCUGGUGGAAAGACUAGAACACGAUGUUCACGUCCCCUCUCCGUAUGGAGAUGGAGGCUGAGUGGAGUCCACCUUGUCCAUCCUUCCAUCCUGUCCAUGGAGCUGCACUUUCCUCCUCCCUUGAGCCUGACUCUUGCUUAUCCUUGCCUUUGCCCAGCACUGAUGUACUGGGAUUAGGUCAGGCGGAACCAGGGUCCUUGGGUGGGGCUCUGAUUGGGAGCAAUCACCUGAUGAGGGGCACCAGGGAGAUGAGGCAGCUGCCUGGAACAGGGCAUUCCAGGCACCAGCUCACUGGGUGGAGGAUGUGCCAGUGCCACCUCUAGUGGGCAGGUUGAGCACCUGGCUUGCUCUGCACAUGGGAGAAGGGAAGCCCUAUCCUCAGGGAAGUUCUUGCUGUGCAGUGAGAGCUGAUGUGUUUGUGACAUGGGACACUGCUAGCAGGGUGUGAUGCCAUCCCUCACUCCCCUCUGCAAACCUGGCUUGAAAUCUCUGCUGCGGUCACCUCUGGUCAGUCCCCUGGGAGGCCCUCACUGCACAAUGGGCUGACUCUGUUGGGAUUGGGGGAGUGGGCAGAGGGGCAUCAGCAGAGCUGUGUGUGUGGCUGCUUGCCCACCUGAUCCCACAAGCUGCACAUCCAGCCUGGGCUUCAAGGCCACUAGAGCGGGUGCUAAAGCCAUGGCUUGGUAAUGCUCUGGGGGUAGGUGCUGCUGGGAAUAGACCCUGCUUGGCAAAAUCCUCAGCUGCACCCUGCUCCUGGUGAUGCCCUCUGUGCAGCUAGGCAGUGAGCCAGCUGCAGGGAUGGCAGAACCACUGUCCAUGGGGGUGAGGUCCUACCUGCCUUCCCCUCCCUACUGGAACCGUGGAGCUGGGCCGUACCACCUGGCUGUCAGAGCUCCCUCCUGCCCCUCACAUUCCAAGGCCCGUGGCAUUGGCCUCUUACCCUUUGAGGCCAGCAGCCCGGCACAUGAGGGGUGAGAUUGGAAGGUGGGCAUGUGCAUGAGACUGGGCUGGAGUGAGCCUAGCCCCAUCGGAAGGAAGAAGCCGCAGCUCCCAGCCCUGCCCCUGGUUGCUGUGAUGUUGGUGGCCACGUUGGCUCUGUGCUCCAUCCUCCCACUCAUACCAUUUCCAAUGGAAAAGCUUUGUCUAGCGGACGCGAAGACUGUGUUUUAGUAACUAUUGCCUGACUUCUCUGUACGUGCUGUUGGCUGGCCUGUACCUGUCUGGAUAAAGUUGUCUUCUCACCGGUC